AUACUAGGUUGAUAGUUCAUUUUUUUCAUUUAAGAUUGGGAACCAAACCAUUCCCACGUUACGAUGACAUGAGUAUUAUGUUUGACAAAGAUGGUGCAUAGAAUUGGAAGUAAAAACGCAUAUAAAAUUGAUAUCAAACGCUUUCAAACAAGUAGAAGAAUGAUAUCGGAUCGAGUUCGGAAGAGUACUACGUCCCAUAACCACUGCUACCAUUUGAUACUAUCAGCAAGGUGUUAAUAGAGGAGAUGUCGAAAACGCCAACCUUCCCAAUUACUUUCACCGGCUCAUUUAAAUCAAAUGUCACAAUCAAUUCAGCCGCGGAAACCCGCUAACUGUUCAAUUGGGGGCACGAAAAAGUUGCUGAAGUGCUAUGAACACUGCUGUGGUUGUCCAUCAUUGAAGAUGAGAAAUGGGUGGGACCCGAAACCGAUACGUGUCUGUUCGUUGCUUCACGCGAUCAUGUAGUCAAGCUCCAUUGAUAUUGAAGAUGAAGUUAUAUGAUCGCAACCCUCCUCCGAUCUGGGUUUGUUCCAUAAUCUCUUAUUUUCUCCUCUGUUUGAAUAUCAAAUAUGGUUUUGACAACAGUAGCAGACUCCGGCGAUUCUGUGAACUGCACUUUUGGCUCCAGAUAUGUCCGCUCUCCGCCGCCGAAGUUCAAUAUGGGGGAGAAAUCGAUACCCAAAGAUGCAGCGUACCAGAUCAUACACGAUGAGUUGAUGCUUGAUGGGAUACCCAGGUUGAACUUGGCCUCCUUUGUUACCACAUGGAUGGAGCCUGAAUGUGAUAACCUGAUCAUGGCUUCUCUCAACAAGAACUAUGUGGACAUGGAUGAGUACCCUGUCACCACUGAGCUACAGAAUCGAUGUGUGAAUAUGAUAGCUCGCCUGUUUCAUGCCCCCAUCGGAGAAGAUGAGGCUGCUGUAGGUGUAGGGACUGUGGGAUCAUCAGAGGCUAUUAUGCUGGCGGGUCUUGCUUUCAAGAGGCAAUGGCAGAACAAAAGAAGAUCUCAAGGCAAGCCCUGUAAUAACCCCAACAUAGUCACUGGAGCUAAUGUGCAGGUGUGUUGGGAGAAGUUUGCUAGGUACUUUGAGGUUGAGCUGAAGGAGGUGAAGCUUUCUGAAGGGUUUUAUGUUAUGGAUCCUAUGAAGGCUGUUGAACUUGUGGAUGAGAACACCAUUUGUGUUGCAGCCAUUUUGGGAUCCACUUUGACAGGAGAGUUUGAGGAUGUAAAACUCCUUAAUGAACUGCUCUCUAAGAAGAAUAAGGAAACGGGUUGGGAUACCCCAAUUCACGUCGAUGCAGCCAGCGGCGGGUUCAUAGCUCCGUUCCUUUAUCCCGAUCUCGAGUGGGAUUUUCGGUUGCCUUUAGUGAAGAGUAUCAAUGUCAGUGGCCAUAAGUAUGGGCUUGUUUAUCCUGGUGUUGGAUGGGUUGUUUGGAGGAGUAAAGAGGAUCUUCCUGAUGAGCUUGUGUUCCAUAUUAACUAUCUUGGUUCUGAUCAACCCACCUUCACUCUUAACUUCUCUAAAGGUUCUAGCCAAAUCAUUGCUCAGUAUUAUCAGUUCAUACGGCUCGGUUUCGAGGGAUACAAAAACGUGAUGGAGAACUGCAAGGAGAAUGCAAGAGUGUUGAAAGAAGGAAUAGAGAAGAUGGGAAGGUUUGAGGUAGUUUCCAAGGAUGUUGGAGUACCCCUAGUUGCCUUCACUCUCAAAGACAGCAGCAAGCACACCGUGUUCGAGAUAUCCGAGAACCUAAGGAGGUUUGGAUGGAUCGUGCCAGCUUACACGAUGCCACCGGAUGCUCAGCACAUCGCCGUGCUACGUGUCGUGAUCAGGGAGGACUUCAGCCGGAGUUUGGCAGAGAGAUUGAUCUCGGACAUCGAUAAAGUCCUGAAGGAAGUCGACGCGCUGCCGGUUCGGGUGGCUGUGAAAGCAGCAGCAGAAGAAGAUGGUGAGAGAAUUAUAAAGCAUGUGAAGAAGAGUGAUAAGGAGAUUGAAGGAGAAAUAGCUGCAUAUUGGAAGAGGCUUGUGGAUGGCAAGAGAACUGGUGCCUGCUAGUGUGCUUGCUUGCUUGCUUAAGUCAGCUCUGUGUGUUGGCUUGCCUGUUUGAUUGUCUUCAGUUUUCUUGUUUCUGGUGAAUUUUGUGUUUGUGACUUUGAGUACUGAUGGUAUGAUGAAAGAGAUGAACUAUAAUGUUUCUAUUUACAACUUUGCCUA